AUGUCUUAUCUUUUCCGCAUGAUCCUUCUCCUCCUGGUUCUCCUAGCAAACCCUUUGAAUGUUCACUCCAGAAUCCUAAGAUCAUCAGGCGAUAAUAAUAUUCACUCGCAACCAAACUUUGAUUCCAUUGAUAAUCAGAAAUCAAAACUAGAUGUUGAAGCAGUUGCUGGAGUUAGAAGGUAUCUAAAGGAAUUUGGAUACCUACAAGAACAAGACCAUGCUGAUUUUGAGGGAGCAAUCAAGAAGUUCCAAAAAUACUACAAUCUAGAAGUCUCUGGAAAACUGGAUUCGCAAACCAAAAAAUUUAUGUCAAUGCCAAGGUGUGGUAUCCCUGAUCAUCACCAUCACCAUCACCGUCACCUUCGUGGUCUCUCUACUAACCUACUGAAGGUUACAUCAAAGUAUGCAUUCAUUGAAGAUGCCCCUUCAUGGCCUAAUAAUAAGAGAAACCUCACCUAUAGUUUUGACCCAUCAGGUGUUUCGGUUGUGCCACAAGAGACUGUGAGAGAAGCCUUCAAACUAGCAUUUUCAAAAUGGUCAAAUGUUUCACCCUUCACAUUCAAGGAGACUCGGGGAUACUCCGACAUCACGAUUGGUUUCUACAGUGGCGAGCACGGCGAUGGCGUGACCUUCAACAACACCAUUGUUGCCCACGCUUAUCCGCCAAUUGAUGGAAGGCUCCAUGUUAAUGCAGAUAAGGGUUGGAGCAUUAAGGAUCCAAUACAAGAAGAUAAGAAUAUUCAUACCGGUGACACGUAUGAUUUGGUUUGGGUUGCAAUGCAUGAAAUUGGGCAUAUUCUUGGACUUAAACACAGUAACGAUGAAGAUGCUAUCAUGUAUCCGUUGAUUGCUCCUCUUAAAAACAAGAGAGCGUUUGUUGUUGAUGAUGUUUAUGGAAUUCAGCGAUUGUAUUCAUUGGGAGCUCAAGGGAAUUUUCAUUAUCCAAGUGCUACGGGAUUUAGAUUGCAAUAUUAUCAUCUCUUGAUUGUUGCUAUUGUUUGCUUAUGGGUUAUGUUUAUAUUUUCGGCUGUGAUGCUUUCGGUGUUCUUAGAUAAAUUCUAAUUAGUAUUGCUAGUUAAUUGGGUUUAGUGUAGAGACUAAGUUUUAACUUGGCUUAGUAGGAAGAUGAAUGACUUAUUAUGUUCAAUUCAGCGAAAUUCUAUUUUAAUAGCAUGCAAGAUCAGAUUACUCUAACUUGAUAGUUGUUAUGCAUUCAACAUUUUGAUAUCUUUUAGAAUACAAUAAAAAUAGAGCUCAUAAAGAACAAAAACUCAUCAAUUUUUCAUUGUGGUUUACGUUCGGUACAUUCACCACAAACAACUAAUUCAAAUUUACAACAGAGGUGUGCAUAAUAAAUAUUCCACCAUCAUCACCACCAAAUUUCCGCCAUCAAACAGAGUUAUAUCAUUUUAAGAGCACCUUCCUCGAU